UCGCCCUCCGCCACCGUGCGCGCCGGCAGACGCAGCCACGCAGGUACUGUCCACCUCCCACCUCCUCUCCGUCGGCGCCCUCAUCGUCUCAUCCUUCCCGUGGCUACCGCUCGCCCGACACGGAGCUUAGCCCAAUAAGCCACCCCUGGCGAUAUUUCCUCCCAGAACGAGCGCUCGAGCCGCCGCAGCCUCUCCUUUCCACGCGCUGCCGUCGCUUCUCCCCAGAUCGACGCAGUGCCGCCGGGCGUCGGCUCGACGCCGUCGCUUCUCCCCAGAUCGACGCUGUCACUGCCUCUCCUUGGAUCGACGCGCCGCCGGUGCCCGGCACUGCCUCCCCUUCUCUUCUGGUGGUGUGUGGCAAGCAAAAUGGCUUUCUCAUCGAUGUUCAGGAGAGUGAAUGUCAAAGAACUGAUCUCAAAUGCUUCAGUGUAUGCUAGCGCAACAGAAUCUUCUGGAGGAAUGACCUUGGUGUUUAGACGCUGGGCCACCAAGAAGACUGCUGGAUCGACAAAAAAUGGCCGUGACUCCAAUCCCAAGUAUUUGGGCGUCAAGAAGUUUGGUGGAGAGAAAGUGGAACCAGGAAACAUCAUUGUUCGCCAAAGAGGAACGCGCUUCCACCCUGGUAAUUACGUCGGUAUGGGCAAGGAUCACACUCUCUUCUGCCUGAAGGAAGGACAUGUGCGAUUCGAGCGCAAUAAACUGACUGGCAGGAAAUGGGUUCAUGUUGAUCCUGUGGCUGGUCAUGUCCUCCACCCUGCCUAUGCCAGUGGCUCGACUACUGUAGCUGACCUGGAUGCACAAUUGUAGCGACCUUGCAGUUGCUUAUUCUCUUCCCGUGGAUCGUGCCGCUCCUGUACUUGCCUUGCACAAUGCAACUUGUUCCAGUAAAGAUGCUUGCGAGUAAGAAAUAUUGCAGCUAUGCGUAGCUUCAGUGAGGAGCAAAUAAUUUGAGCUUGGUUGAUGUUCCUUUUAAUUAUCACUUAUUUUGGAACUCGAUGUUGGUUUUGUAGUUUCAUAUCCAUGUGGAAGAGUUCUACUUGUGGACUGGAAUUUUGUCACUGCAUUUUUGGAACCAUGAGCGUUCAA